CUGGCCCUGCUCAGAGCUCUCAGCUAGAUAUAGGACCAAAGCCUCGCCGGCCUGCAGACUCACACGCUCGCCACAUCAGCUUCUGCGGGGAGAGAGCAGAGCAGAGGGGGAAGCGGCAGCUGGAAAGUGGAGAGCCGCUGCUGGACAGCACACUGACUGAGAGACCGAAAAAAAACCCAGCAAACCUGCCUUUUUGUUUUUUUUUCAAAUCAGCUUUUCUCUGAAGGUGUUAAUGAGGAAGCCGGAGCCAGCUCCAUCUCAUCUCAGUCUGCGGUCCACGGCUGGCCGGCCAGGUCAAAGUGUGUACUGCUUCUUGAGUGUGUGUGGCUUGUUUUCGCAACUUGUGAACCCUGGAACUGUACUGUGAGCAUUAUGACUCUUCUGGGCUCUGAACACUCCAUACUGAUACGAAGCAAAUUUAGAUCAGUGCUACGGUUAAGACUUCAGCAGAGGAGGACACGAGAGCAGCUGGCAGACCAAGGCAUCAUGCCUCGUUCAUCCAAACUCCGCGGCUGGGUGAAUCCAAAUGGACCCAGGGAGAGCAGGUGGAUGCACAGAGAGGGAGCGGGGAGAGGGAGACAGGCUGACUGUGGCGGGAGCCAGCGCGCAGGCAGACAGGCGGCGAGUGACCGCUCAGGAAUGCUCUCCUGUUGGAAGAGGCCCUCUGCCUCAGAGCAGCCGCUGACUCUCGGGGAGAGCGUACCUGUUUACAGCGCGGCGCUGCACCCAGAGAGCCCGGGCCCGCCCGAACGCCGGGCCGCCGUUUACCAGGCGGGGGCUUUGUUCUUUCACUGUCACAUAAGUCACGGCGAGGAGAACGCAGGCUCCAGCGCUCAGAUAAAACCGCUGGUAAGUGUGCGGGGGAACGGAAUCCAGAGGCCCGAGCAGGCCAUAUCAGCGGCGGCGCAGAUGGAGGAGCGGGCGCAGGCGCUCGUAGCUGCGCCGUUUGUCGGGACUUUCCUCGCAAAGCCGCACACUAGAUACCCAGCCUCUGAAGGCUCCUCUUUAAAAGCCCAGAUGAGGCUAAAGCGGGCCCAGCUCGCUGAGGACCUGAAUGAGAAGCUGGCGCUCAGGCCGGGACCCCUCCAGCUGGUCCAAAAGAAUAUCAUUCCUCUUGACCCUGCCAUCACAAUGACAGUAAACCAUGGAAAGUUCCCCAAGCCCGAGGACUCGUACGCGUUUGAGGAGGACAGCAGCAGCGAGAGUCUGUCCCCGGAGCAGCACCACAGCGACGAGUCCCAGAGCUCGGCCUGCCCUUCGUCUGAGGCUGUGGGGAGCACCGCCUCCUCCUCCUCCUCACCUGCCCUCACCAGCCCCAGACAGGGCUGCACAAGUAGAGACCCACCUGAUCAAAGCCAGGAAGAAGGAUUGUCCUGUACCAACGACAACCAGGCAACUCCCCCAAUACCAGUUCCCGCUAUAGUCAAGUCCAAGACAGCCGACAAGAACCGACACAAGAAGCCCAAAGAUGUGAAGCCCAAAGUGAAGAAGCUGAAGUACCACCAGUACAUUCCUCCGGACCAGAAGGCGGAGAAGUCCCCCCCGCCCAUGGAUUCGGCCUACGCCCGCCUCCUCCAGCAGCAGCAGCUCUUCCUGCAGCUGCAGAUCCUCAGCCAGCAGAAGCACGCUCACACUCACCCGCAGACCAAGCAGCAGCAGCCGCAGCAGCAAACACACACCCCUCAGACACACACCCCCAGCCAGGGCCAGCAACGACAGCCGGCCUUCAGCUACCACCCACACCCACAGGCGCACAAAGUGGUGAACGAGCAGCUACCAGCGUGUAGCUCCAGCGCUCCGGCCAGCACGGCCAAUAGCAACACCUCCUCUCCCGUCAAGAACGCGUUUCCCAACCAAAGCAACAUCUCAUCCGUCAAAGCCGGGCCCCUGCCGGCGAAUCUGGACGACCUCAAAGUUUCAGAGCUCCGGCAGCACCUGCGUAUCCGCGGAAUGCCGGUCUCCGGCACCAAGACGGCCCUCAUCGAGCGACUCCGGCCCUACAAGGACUCUACUGCCGAGUCCCCGCCCACAGGAGCCUCCAACAUCACCACCCUCACCUUCCCAGUCACGCCCACGGGCUCGCUGUCCUCCUACCAGUCCCCCUCCUCCUCCAGCACCCUCUCACAGGGGGGGUACUACCCGUACCCCAGCACCUCCUCCAGCCCGCCCAUCUCCCCCGCCUCCUCGGAGCUGUCCCUCAGCGGCUCCCUCCCGGACAGCUUCAGCGACGUGCCCAUGUCCUCCCCCCCCCAGUUCAGCCUGCAGCCGUCCCCGGCGCCGCCCGGCAUGGAGGACGGCCAGGCGGGGGGAGGAGGAGGAGGCAAGCUGGCCGGGGGGAGUCAGAUGGGGGGAGAGGGGGGAGGCAUGGACGGUCUGGAAGCUGAAAAAGACAAGAUGCUGGUGGAGAAGCAGAAGGUGAUCGAGGAGCUGACGUGGAAGCUGCACCAGGAGCAGAGACAGGUUGAGGAGCUGAAGAUGCAGCUCCACAAGAGGAAACGCUGCUAUGGAGCUACACAGGACUCCGCCCCCCCUCCCUCUCACCCCGCCAUGCUCCACCAGCAGCAGCAGAUUCCAGCCAUGAUGGGGCAGCACUUUUUCGGGGUGACGGUCAAGCAGGAGCCCAUGUCCAUGAGCUCCAGCUGCCCCCUGUCCUCCCCCAAACAGCUCAAAAGCCCCGCCGGCAGCUGCCUGGAGGACAUGGGACACUGCAAUAACCCCAUCUCAAACAUGGGGGGCCCCGGCGGGCCACAGUGCAUGGACACGGGCCCUGCCUCUGGCAGCCCCCCCGCCAUGUCUGCCUUCCUCAGUCCGCAAUGUUCUCCGCAAGAUUCCCCCAUCGGAAAAGCUCCCAGCAGCUCCCAGCCCUCGUCUCCCAACAACCCCUACCUGCUGUCCCCCCCCCUGGGGAGGGAAGGCUGCGGGCACCCCCAGAGCCCGGGCGGCAGCAGCAGGGCGCGCAGCAUGCAGCAGAUGUCCCAGAGGAGCUGUGUUCAGGGCCACUGUUCCUAUCCGUCUGACCAGAGAAGCCUCCCGCCGCUGUUCCCCAGCUCCUCCGACUGUGGUCUCCACCACAGCAGCGCCGCUAAGGCGGAGAACCUGCAGCCAAAGAUGUCAGUAUUGCCCUCUCCUCGUCAUGUUGGCCAAAAGUGCCAGGUGUCCCCCCCUGCCUUCAGUAGCUCAGAUUCAGAUGCAUCUGACUUAAGACAGCCCCCAUGCUAUGAGGAUGCAGUCAAGCAGCAACUGACCCGCAGUCAGCAGAUGGAUGAACUUCUGGACGUGCUCAUAGAGAGUGGAGGGUGUCCCGGCCUGCUCAUCCCGCGGUUCCACCGGCACUACGAGCACCUGCCCCCCACCCCGCUGCCCUACGAGCACCCGGCCAAUCACGUCGCCGAGGGCCACCUGCAGGCUCUGCUGGGCCGGGGAGGGGAGGGGGCCCCGCCAAAAAUGUCCGGCGAGGACGGGGGCCCGGAGCUGGAGGGCAGCAGAGAGGUGGAGGGCUACAGCCCCCAGAGCCACCACUGCCACCCGCAGCACCCCCCCCAGCACCCGCCGCCCGACCGGCUGCUGACCGACGCCCCCCCGCUGUCCCUCAUCAGCAGCAAGGCCCCCGCCGGCCCCGAGGUGCAGGGCAUGGUCAGCAUGGCCUUCAGCGACGCGCCCUGGGAGACCAUGGAGUGGCUGGACCUGACCCCCCCCAGCUCGGCGGCCUACGGCCUCGCCCAGACCAGCGUGCCCAGCAUCUUCAGCACCGAGUUCCUGGACGUCACGGACAUGAACCUCAACUCCGCCAUGGACCUUCACCUGGAGCACUGGUAAAACCGCCACCGCUCCAAACCCAAGAACAGUGUGUGACCAGCACAGACGCCAGUUAGAACACCAACCACACACCCCAAAGGCCGAACGGCUGAAUCACAACACAGAAUCUGGUAGAAACUUUAUCGCCUGACCAAAAUCACGUUGCUUUGUUGUCACACCCAGAAAAGCAAAGACAAGGUUGCUCUUUGACCCGAUUUCUGUCAUUUUUGGACAAUGAUGCGCACAAUUGCCAUUGAAGUAUGACAAAGGAGACAUGGAGGACACACUUAAAGUACUCUAACCCAUUAUGCAGUAUCAGUGUUACACCAAAAAAACUUGAAGACGAAAUUUGAUUAUUUUUACACUUCUUGGGUUUAUGUUCGGUUACUGGAAAGAAAGAAAGAAAGAAGACACAAAUUCUUAUUCAAAUGGCAAGUUGGAUUACUUGGUGAUGGCAAUAUUGUAAAUAUUACAGCUAUAUGUACUGACAAGCUGACAUUUGAAUAUGUUGUCAGUAGAUUGGGAGAGAACACAAACCACAAAUGAUGUAUUUUGUAUUAUCAACUCAUUCUUUAGCAUACAUAGAUUUUUAAAAGAAAAAGAAAUUGUGCACCUCUAGCUUAAUGCACACCUUAUCACAGUCUGCUUGGGCUUGGAAUAUGUGUAUAGAAACCUUUGUCAUUCUGUACCUUUCAAUGAAGUUUUCAAAAAGUUGUUAUAUGACUUUAUUUCACUAUUUGGAGGAUGUACCCAACCGGAAGACAUUUUGAGCUAAAGUGGUGCCUUUAAAAAAAUCUUUGGUCUUAUCAAUUUUUAGCAGCAGACAGUCUGUGCCUUAAUUUGAAAGAAAAAAUGAUAUUCUAUAUAUAUAUAUUUAUAAACUAUUUUCCCCUUUACAUUUUUUAUGAAAUUACUACUCAUUGAGUGCUUUUGACAAAUAUGAAUUUU